UCUCUCGCUCCACUCCAUCGUCUGAGCAGACCUCCGGCAGACAGAGAGGAUCCGAACCCUCCUUCUAUCCCGGUGCCAUGGAUACAGCACCUUCUUAGUUUCUGUAACUUAUUUUCUUUUUCCAACGAGAGGAAAUUCACUGCAUCUCUUUUUUCUUUUUCUUUUCGGGUACAACAGCCGAACCGCUUUUGGGGAAGAAGAGGCUGUUUCCUCUUCAUCCUCCCAAUUCAACAUCCUUGCUUUUUAUUUGCCAGUGCCAGUUAAGGAUUUGAAUCGUUUUUGGAGAUUCGUGCUUGCCCUUGCUCACCAGGACUGGAUCAUGGAGACGUCCUUAUUUGAAUCUUAUGGAGAUGUUUGGGAGGUGCUGGUCCUGAAGAGGAGGACAGGAGGAAUCAACCUGCUGCUCUUCUGUCUGCUGGCUGCUCACACCUCAGCGCAUGGGUAUGAGGGCUCCUCGUCAUCAUCUUCCUCAUUAAGUCCUGGACGUUUUGUGGACUUUACAUUCACCCAGGAGCCUCAGGACACUGUGACGGUGCGAGGUGGCGUGCUGCAGCUCGACUGCCGAGCCCACUCAGACAUGGCGACCGGAAGCCCCACCAUCACAUGGCGGAAGGAUGGCGUGCUACUCAGUGCCUUGGUGGAUGAUCGGCGGCAGGAGCUGUCCAAUGGAUCGCUGCUGGUUGAGAAUAUUGUACACUCACGGCACCACCGUCCUGAUGAAGGGGAGUACCAGUGCCUUGCCACACUGGACGGCCUUGGAAGUAUUGUGAGCCGGAUUGCUAAAGUCACCGUGGCAGGUCCACUAAGGGUAGUCGUCCCCACCGAGUCCGUCUCAUCCUAUCUUGGUGAUACAGCGUUGCUCCGUUGUGAGGUCUUAGGAGAACCGACGGCCGUCAUACGCUGGCAGAAAAAUCGAGACGAUUUGCUGCUGACUUUUGAUCCCACCUCUCGCCUGGCGGUGCUGCCGUCUGGCUGCCUGCAGAUCAGCCGUGUCCAGCCCCCGGACUCAGCCACAUAUCGUUGCUUGGCUGACAACCCCGGUAGCACACGGACCGGGACAGACGCCGAGCUGCGGGUUCUCCCAGAGCCUGGUUUGAACCGAAACUUGCAGUUUCUCCAACGUCCUUUGAGGGUGACCGCUGUGCUGGGAACAGAUGCUGUGCUGGAAUGUUCCACUUCUGGAUACCCUACUCCAAGCAUUCUGUGGCGAAGAGGAGAAGAAGUGAUCCAGACUCGGAAUAAGAAGCAUUCUUUGUUGGCGGGAAGCAAUCUCAUCAUCAGGAGUGUGACUGACGAUGACUCCGGCAGUUAUAGCUGUACAGCUACCAACAAGAACCACAACAUCACAGCAAGUGCAGAACUGAGUGUGCUCGUUCCGCCUCAGUUCCUCAACUAUCCAACGAACACAUAUGCCUACGAAUCCACCGACAUCGAGCUGGAGUGUGCAGUGACAGGAAACCCAGCACCGACUAUCCGCUGGUUAAAGAAUGGAGAGGAAGUUAUCCCGAGUGACUACUUCCAAAUAGUGGAUGGCAGUAACCUGCAGAUUUUGGGUUUGGUCAAGUCAGAUGAAGGAUUUUAUCAGUGUGUGGCAGAGAACAUCGCUGGCAGCUCACAGGCACUGGCUCAACUGUUGCUUCGAGAACCAGUGUCCCCCAGCCCAGGCGUUGCCCUCCCCUCUGCCCCCCGUGACCUGGUCCCUGUCCUAGUGUCCAGUCGAUUUGUUCGACUCAGCUGGCGCCCCCCAGAGGAGACUGGAGGAUCUAUACAAACAUAUGGCGUUUACUACUCCCAGGAGGGCAUUGAAAGGGAGAGGUCCGUAAACGUGUCAGAGCCCGAGUCUUUGGAGCUGACUGUUUCCAACCUGAAGCCUGAGGAGAGCUACAGCUUCAGAGUCAUGGCUUACAAUGAUGUCGGACCAGGAGAAAGCUCCACUCCCUUGACGAUCACAACCAAACCAGAUCUCCAGGUUCCCAACAGGAUAGAGUCACUUCGUGCUGAAGCUCUUUCUCCAACUUCCAUCCAGAUCAACUGGGAGCCUCCCAGUGCCCCAAAUGGACCCAUCCUAAACUACAGGGUUCUAUGGACCGAGAGUUUAUCAAGCAAGGAACAGAUUGUCAACAUCAGUGGGCUCAACUACAAGAUGGAGGGACUCAAUAAGUUCACACAGUAUGUGGUUUGCGUUUCGGCUGUCAACCGCUUUGGAUCUGGACCCACCUCAGAGAGCAUCAUUGUCACCACCCAAUCAGAUGUACCUAGUGCUCCUCCUCAGAACAUCACCUUAGAAGUUGUGCUGUCAAGGAGCAUAAAGGUGUCAUGGCAGCCACCUCCACGCGGCGCACAGAACGGCAUCAUCAGCGCUUACAAAAUCAAAUACAGGAAGACCGGUCGCCGUGGGGACCAGGAGGCCAUUGAACCAAACAACCUCUGGUAUUUGUUCACAGGUCUUGAAAAGGGCAGUCAGUACAGUUUUCAGGUAUCAGCCAUGACCACCAACGGAACAGGUCCAGCCAGCGACUGGUAUACCGCUGAGACACCCGAGAAUGAUCUAGAUGAGAGUCAGGUUCCUGACCAGCCCAGCUCGCUGCAUGUCAGACCACUUCCUAACAGCAUCAUCAUGUCUUGGACUCCUCCAAUCAGUCCCAACAUCCUAGUUCGGGGUUACAUAAUCGGCUAUGGAGUGGGAAGUCCAUAUGCAGACACUGUCCGCGUGGACAGCAAGCAGAGAUACUACUCCAUCGAAAACCUGGAGCCGAGCUCGCAUUAUGUGAUCUCCCUGAAGGCCUUCAACAACGCUGGAGAAGGGGUUCCACUGUAUGAGAGUGCUGUCACUCGAUCUCUGACAGACCCCAUAGACCCAUCGGAGGAUGACCUUUUUCACCUCUUUGAUAAAUACCCCACUCCCAUGCCAGACACCAGCACACCCAUGAUACCCCCGGUGGGGGUACAAGCCGUGGCUCUCUCCUCGGACUCAGUCCGGGUCUCGUGGGCAGACAACUCCAUGACUAAGAACCAGAAGUCAUCCGAGGUCCGCUAUUACUCCGUCAAGUGGAAGACCAGCUAUUCCACCAGCGGCAAGUACAAGUCUGCAGACACCACCGCGCUCAGCCACACAGUAACUGGCCUCAAACCCAACACCAUGUAUGAAUUUGCUGUCAUGGUAACCAAAGGUCGCAAGUCCAGUACCUGGAGUAUGACAGCGCACGCCACCACCUAUGAAGCAGCUCCCAACUCGGCUCCCAAAGACUUGACAGUUAUUAGUAGAGAAGGACGACCCCGAGCCAUUUUAAUCAGCUGGCAACCACCGAUGGAGGCGAAUGGGCGGAUAACAGGUUACAUCCUGUACUAUACUCUGGACAAGAACAUGCCAAUAGACGACUGGGUGAUGGAGACCAUCAGUGGCGAUCGGCUGACCCAUCAGGUUGUUGACCUGAACCUUGACACGAUGUACUACUUCCGUAUCCAGGCUAAGAAUGCCAAAGGAGUAGGCCCGCUGUCCGAACAUGUCCACUUUAAGACAGCCAAAGUGGAGCAUCCAGACAAGAUGGCAAAUGAUCAAGGUCGAGGAGGAGACCACGCCUACUGGCCAUCUGAUAGCAACCUGAUUGACGGGAGCAAUAUGAACGAGUCUCCCGUUGGUCAAAUGCAUCCUCCGCACGGCAGCGCCACCCCCCAGAAGAACAGCAACCUGCUGGUCAUCAUCGUGGUUUCCGUGGGAGCCAUCACCGUGGUCGUGGUGGUCAUCUUGGCCCUCAUCUGUACCCGACGUUCCUCCGCCCAGCAGCGCAAGAAGAGAGCAAGCCACAGUGCUAAUAAGAGGAAGGGUAGCCAGAAGGAUCUGAGACCUCCGGACCUCUGGAUCCAUCAUGAGGAGAUGGAGAUGAAGAAUAUUGAGAAAGCUCCAAGUGUGGCCCCUUCAGGACACACUUCACCCAUCCAUUCUUGCCAGGACCUCCCCCAGGUCGCCCACAGCCAAUCAGAGAGCCAGAUGGGAAGCAAGAGUAGCCACUCAGGAGCGGAUGGUGAUGAGGCGUCCAGCGCUAUUUCGACUUUGGAACGUUCUAUGGCUGCGAGGAGAGGAACGCGGGGCAAAAUGAUGAUUCCUAUGGAUUCCCAACCAAGCAACACGCCUGUGGUCAGCGCCAUCCCAGUGCCAUCUCUGGAUUCCUCUCAGUAUCCUGGUAUACUUCCUUCCCCUUCCUGCACUUUUACCCACAACAAAUUCAGCUUAAGGCCAAUGCCUUUCUCCAGCCUGACGUUGGACAGAGGAUACACGCAAGUCAUACCCACAGAUGCUUCCACCAACCCUCUACUUCAGCAACAGUCUCCGCCUCAACAGCCUCCUCCCCUGCUGCCUGGCUCUUCUGCCCCUCCUGGGGAGCAUGUCCCAGGCAUUGGCCCUGUUCCUGGGGCCGCUGCUGCCACAACCGCCGUCACCUCAGAGGAAACACAGUCGGGUGCAAGUCGGAACAUACCGACUGCGUGUGUCCGACCAACCCACCCAUUGCGAAGCUUCACCAACCCCCUUUUACCACCGCCAAUGGGGACCAUUGACCCCAAGGUGUACACCUCCAUGUUGCCACAGUCCACGGCAAGCCUUCCAAAGCCUCAGGUGAAGACAGCUUCUUUGGGUCAGGCGGGUAAGGCUCGAUCCCCUCUGCUACCCGUCUCAGUUCCGACAGCACCGGACUUACUAGAGGAAGGAGGAACAAAACCCACAGAGGAUUCAGCCGCCAACGUUGAUGAAGCAGGAGGAGUGUGCACAAACCAGCCUUUUAUUGGCGUCUACCAAACAGCUGUCUCUCUAUUCGGCGGCUUAACGACCCAGCCCAUGUGGUCGCGAAGUGUAGGUCCUGGCGAGAGCCCUGGAGCAGCAGCUGGAGCGAUAUAAAUUGGGACGGUCUAGCCUUCGGCACACUUGUUGGGUGUAUGAGCAGGACGACCUUUCGGAGCAGAUGGCUAGUUUAGAGGGGCUGAUGAAGCAGCUCAACGCCAUUACUGGCUCUGCCUUCUAAACCCUUUCUGAUAAGCCAUCAGUCCCCAGAGUACAAACAGUUCUUCAGGCCUCCAUGACUCCGGCAACAGCCGUAGCUUCUUAAGUGUGAAGAUGCCUUUGGGGGCUCGGACCUCCAUCUGCGCUGGAUUGAAACCCAUCAACAACUCCAGGAACAGUACGAGGCUUCAUAAGUGGGUUUAUUCUCCCCAGGACUUUUCUAACAGAAACAAAACUAGGGAAAUCCAAUGCCCACCACCAUGACUUAAGGAAAUGAGAUGAAAAAAAAGACCCAAUCGUAAGAACUUUCCUGUUUCUCUUCUUUGUAGUAUUUAUUAACGUUCUCUUCCGCUGAGUUCUACGCAACUCAAUUACUGUGACUGUGCCUCCUUGCCAUUGGGAGUAUUAUUUUCUUUUUUUAUUUAAAACAAACCGUUGACACAAUGUGAAUAUGGUUUGAAACUAGUACAUUUGGUGUGAAAUACACAUCAUCCUCCAGCGUUUCACCAAAACCUUCUGCUUCUCUGGCUUUUAGUUUGCCUGUUGAUGAACGUCAGGCCGACAGUCACGGGCCGUUUGCCUACAGUCGCUCAUCUUGGGGUGGUUUCAAACCACUCCCAACUCAGACCAUUGAACACCAAACCAGACAAACUUGAUCAAAAAGGAUGUGUGUUGUUGCCAAAAUCAUCUAAGGAACCUUCCUUGCCACAUUCCAAACCUGCAUUUCUUCAGUUCCUGGUCGAUUCUGGAUGUUAUGUGGCGACUGGACCUACGGUUUUAUUCAAAAAAGACAUGAGUGAUGAUGGCGAAGUGUUUAUUUUUUUACUUUGUGUAUUUUCAGUAUAUAGUUGACUUACUAAGGUGGGUGUGUUCUUCAUGGAUUUAUAUUUAUUUUGAGUUAGACAAACCCACAUUGGACCGAUGCCGGUCUUGACUGCCCACAUGGCAACAGUUUACUUGGAGUACAAUUCAUUUUUUGAUGCAAAACAAUAAUACAAAAUUAUGCAUAUUCCACAAAGUGUA